AUGUUCUUUCUUUUGGUAUUGAUCUUCUGUUUUUUAACAGCAAUCGAUGGGCACGGGUAUCUAUAUGAACCUGUAGCUCGUAGUACAGCUUGGCUUGUUGAUUCAUCAUUUCGAGAAUGUUGUACUUGGCCAAAUCACAUGGAAAUGUUUUGUGGAGGCAUGGGACAUCAGUGGAAUACUAAUGAUGGAAAAUGUAGCAUUUGCGGUGAAGCAUAUGAUAAGACAGUAAAACUAUUUGAAAAAGGUGGAGCAAUGUAUAAAGGUACCAUUGUUAAAACAUAUAUUCAGGGACAAGAAAUUGAUGUAAAAGUUAUGCUGACAGCUAAUCAUAAGGGUUAUUUUGAGUUCCGUCUAUGUAAUUUGGAUGCUAGUCCGUCAGUCGAUGCUUCUCAAGAAUGUCUUGAUCGUCAUCAAUUGCUAAUUGCUGGUACUGAUUCAACUAAAUUUCGUAAUGUUAGUAAUUAUGGUUCAGAAAUGAUUACCGUUCGUGUACAACUUCCAUCGGAUGUUGCUUGUCAACAUUGUGUUUUUCAAUGGAAAUAUACAGCAGCCAAUAGUUGGGGUACAAAUCCGAUUACCAAUCAGUCUGGUCCUGGUUUAGGAAGAGAAAAUGAAACAUUUAUGGGCUGUUCUGAUAUUGCUAUUUUACCAAAUGGCUCACCUACAGAUCCGCCUAUAGUUAUAAUUUCUACAAAACCUACGAUCACGUCAACAUCGACAACAACGAAAACUAGCACUACAACCGCAUCAUCAACAUAUUAUUGGACCUGGCCAUCGAUGACAACAACGAAAGCUAGCACUACUACUGCAUCAUCAACAAAUCAUUGGACAUGGCCAUCCUUGUCAACUCACGGAUCAUCAUCAGCAUCAUCAACAACAACUACUACGACUACUCGUCGACCACUUGGUUUAACAACAUGGUCAUCGGAUUUUUUCGAAUAUCAAGCAAACGAUGAAGUUAUGUACGAUGGUAUCAAAUAUCGAUGUGUUGUUGCACAUCGAUCUUUUCCAGCUGCUGCGCCAGGUCCUCUAACUUGGGCAUGGUGGAAACCUAUUCAAGAAGAACAAAAACGUUUUUAA